UUUUAACUAGAAGGUUAAAAAGAAAAACAAGAAAUUCGUUAAUUCAAUAUUCUAGAAGCGAACAUUGCUAGGAAUGGAAACAAAAUUUUAGUUGUGUUGAUUUCCGUGCAAGAAAUUCAUUGAAACACAGUUAGACAGUUAACAUGAGAUUGCCUGCUAGCGCAUUCUAGCUGAGCAAUACAAUAGCACUGGUUGGAUAUUUCGAACUAUCGAAGAUUACAACUAUGGCCAUUGCCGUAGCAAUUAAUAGUAAUAGCCGACCUGGGACAAUCAUUUACACAGGAACCGACUGCCGAAUAAACACAUGGUGCAGCUUUUCGUUUACCUAUUGCCCUGACACAGCCGCUGACAAUAAAUGAUUUCGCCGAAUUACAUUCGCCAGACAAGCUGAUGACGUAGACUUCGAUGAUAGUGAAUGUUGAACUCAUAACUAUGCCUCAUAUUUCGAGUGCGAGGCUUCUCGCUAGUCCAAUCUCGCAGUUCCCAGUGAGACGUGAUGAAACAACGUGAUCAUAUGAUGAAGCUGAUUAUAUCGAGCCCAUCGUAGCGUGCUUGUUUCCUAUAUGAUGGCGCCUCUGACUUUAGUGAAUAAAUGAACAUUACAAAUAUAUGCAACAUGCAGACUUUGAUCGCGUACGUUACCAAAUGGUGUAGGUGAGCUUUGCGAAGCUCCAGCUGAGAUCUUCCCAUAUCAGGGAUUGGUUUUUGCAUCUUAGAGGAAGUGUACGACACGAUACAUUUACUAUUUAAAGCCAUUCUAAUCUGUCACCCAGUAAAGAUAGCCACACACUAUUCGACAACGACCUAGGUUUCUACUACUUUCCGGAGGUUAGCAACUCCGCCGAGUCGUUCUGAUCGCCCGAAGCCGAACGAUAAUCAGAAAACUUACAGUUAAAAGACGAUCACGAAGCUUCCGCGUGACCAAGUCAGGAAACAGUAAAUGCCCGGUGUAAAAACAAUCUGUGUUUGUCCGAGAUUUUAUGCUGCUUUUUUGUGUGUGUAUAAAUGAACGUUUUCUUGUCGAGAAAGUACCUUACGAAGGGGGCGGCUUUAAAUUAAAUUGAACGGAUAUCGGAAGGUGUUCCUAAAAUAGGCCAGAGAUUGUAGAUCGAGUCACCAAUGAUUUCAGCCUAUUAAGAAUAAAACAUUGCGUUUAGGAAAGGCCGCUAAAAGUUUGAAGGCAGAGAAAUGCAUUCAACGAGAUCAGUUAUCCUGUGCGCAUUAUUAAUGACGAUUUUCGUUGAUGGGAUCACUGCCUCGGGGGAAUACCAUGCUAAUGAAGGCGGAAAGUUUUCCGCGUUCAAAAGUCAAGCGGAUUUCGCUGAAAAGCAGUUGCGUAAAACGCUAAAUCUGAUGCCUGAAGAUGAGGUUCAUACGGCGAGUGUCGCCAUGCAGAUAAAGGACGGGCAUAUAUUUAACGUCACUAUGUAUGUAAAGAACGUCCAAUCUUGUUCUGUAAUUGUUCACGAGCGACAAGAAGGCGAGCCUCUGGAAAUUAUUAAAGAAGCUGACAAAAUUGCUUCCUGUGUAGACCUGUGGGGCGACGAUACUAGGUUCGAGGUUCCCCCGGGCUCGGUGUAGGUCUCACCGUUUCUCUACUACAGUAUUAUCCAACGAAAGGCACGGUCAGAGGAACGUCAACCUUCUUUAUACCAUACUAAUAGUGUGAUUAUUAGUUUGGAUCGAAAACAAACAUGAUGCUAUUAAUAAAAAUCACCAAUAUAGUUAUCUAUAACUGUGUUUUCAUAACAUUUAGUGAUCGGAACGUAUCAAAAGCUGAAAAUGACAUAAUCGAAUCUGCUGACAGCUAAUUACGUUACGUUAGACAGAU